GUUUAUUGUGGGCUCUUCCAUCGUUUACUAAGUAAUCCAGGCACGAUUUUUUUAUGAACGAAUCCACAAUAUGCCACGAUGGCUCCCCAAAAACUGUUGUGUCUGAUUCUCCUCGUUGCGGGGACGAAAGGAGACGUUUUCGAUUACAACUUCGAAGCACUUUCGUCGCCACGUAUGCUUUCCGAUGCCCUCGAAUCUUUUCUGUUACUUAAUGCAACGGCGGUCUCAUGGAACUGUUCGGUACAAUUGAGCGAGUACGUAGUCGGCCUUCGGUCGAGAGAGGAGUGGGCGUUAAAGAUGUACGACUCCAAUGGAAAGCUUCCGGCUGGAGUAUUGGACGGGAAUCUUGCCGAGCUGGGUUCAUUUGAUGAGUGCCUCUAUGUCACGAAGUUAAACGAGGAACCCAAAGGUUCCAGUUUUACGGGACAGUAUUGCAUGGGCUCAAUUCACGUAAAUGCAACACAGAACAUCAGCGCUGAAAUCAAAUUGCCCGAACGUCUGAACUUAAUGGUAUUUUCGACUUGCCUUCCUGACGCUUGUUCAGCGACGGACGUUCAAAAUCUCAUCAGAGGCUUUGGCAUCAACUUAACCACUUACGACACUUACUGCCAAAUUUUGGCGGAACGGCCGGAGUUGGACGUUGGUGGUAUAUUUGGAUUGACCAUUUUUGUAUGUUUAGCAUUGCUGAUGGUCGCCUCUACAAUCUACGACCUUCGUAAAAAGUUCCUUGAAAAAAAGACUCCUAAUGCCCUUUUGUCGGCAUUUUCGGUGUACACAAACCUCAAGAAUAUCUUCAACACGAAGUCCGCCUCCAAGGAAAUAACCUGCCUGCAUGGGCUUCGCUCAAUAGCAAUCAUUGUAGUCAUUGCAUUCCAUCGCUAUUUAAAUUCCUUUGGCAUAAAGUACAGAAAUGACUUCUAUAUAAAUCACUGGGUACACCAGACACAAAACAUGCCAUUAGUAAAAUCGGACUUUGCCUUGGACGUUUUCUUCUUUUUGUCAGGUUCGAUGAUUACGUAUGGAUUUUGCCAAAAAAUGGCGAGACAGCAAAGAUUUCGAAUUAUGUUGCACUAUGUUAACAGAUAUGUGAGGUUGACUCCCUCGAUGGCUAUUGUAGCCUUGUUUGUAGCGACAGUGACCAAGUAUUUAGGUUCGGGACCACUAUGGCCAGACUUCAAUGAAAAUAUAAUCGAACCUUGUGUUCACAGUUGGUGGUACAACAUGCUGUAUAUUCAAAUCUUUACACUGCCAAUGUGCCUUCCACAUUCAUGGUAUGUGGCUGUAGAUUUUGAGUUCUUUCUUCUGACGCCAUUGCUACUAAUCCCUCUACGACGCUGGCCGAUGAAGGCUUUAGUAACAACGGCUUUUCUAGACGUCUGCUGCGUUGCUUUCGUUUUUGCACUUGCGUGGAUUGCGGAAUUUCGGGUGGCGACUCAGUAUAACAACCUGUAAGUAAGCUAAUUCUCUGGUUAAAACUCGCUUUAAGAAUAAUCGUCGGAUUAGUUGAGGUGAGUCAAUUAAGAAUAAAGGCAGCCAUUAUAAGAGCUCUUGGAGACAAACAAUCCCUGUACCGAUCUUAAAGGUUGUUCUUUUGAGGCUUCUACAAACCCUGCAUGGUUAUGAAUUUAUGAUUCAUGGCUAAUGCCAAAGUCGCCUUGGGGUCG